CUGCAUCGAGAGUUUUGAAAAGGGUGAGCUCUUGUCGGACCCCCCACUGCACAGCUGGGCUCUCUAAGGAAAGGACGGCUCCUAAUUGUCUUCUUCAUCCAUUCCCUGUCCCUACAGCUUGAGAGAUUUAAGAGUUCCAGAAUUAAUCUAGAGAAUCUGGCUGACUUGGAAAACUUGGUUCAGAGACGAAGAGAAAAGCGAUUGAAACGCAGAGUCCCCCCCAGGACACCUGAGCCCGUGGUUAAGCCUGCAGCGUGCAAUUGACUUGCUCUUGGCCCUGACUCACCAGCCCCAGGCCCAGCCCCAGGCCCAACCAGGGCCCGUGGAUCUCGAGGCGUUCCUGAAGGCAGCGGCUGAGAACCAGGAGGCCCUGAUUGACAAGUACCUGGCGGACGGAGGGGACCCCGAUGCCCACGACAAGCUUCCCCUCCCGUCUCCACCACCAGCUCCACCGCAGGGCCUUGCACUGGGCCUGCCUGAAGGGCCACAGCCAGCUUGUGAACAAGCUGCUGGAGGCAGGGGCCGCUGUGGACACGCGUGACUUGCUGGACAGGACACCUGUGUUCUGGGCCUGCCGUGGAGGACACCUGGACAUCCUCAAACAGCUGCUUAACCACGGAGCCCAGGUCAACGCACGGGACAAGAUCUGGAGCACCCCCCUGCACGUGGCCGUGCGCACGGGGCACUGCGAGUGCCUGGAGCACCUCAUCGCGUGCGGGGCCCACAUUGACGCGCAGGACAAGGUCGGCGCUGGUUUGGGGCAGCUCCGGCUCAGGCAGGAGGAGGAUGUCCCCUUUUUGAGGAUACGUUUACUAAAGCUGGGGACAGUGAAACGAGGGCUUAGGGUAGAAGCAGCAACCGGGGAACGCCGAGGUGGGGCUGCUCUAGCACCCUGGGAAGUCAGAGAGCAGGGGACCUUGGGGACAGAUUCGGGGGUGAGUCAGGUAAGAGCUGCUGCUGCCCACUGCUCCCCCGGUUGCACAUCUAGCGGGGUCCCUGCGAGUCUAGGAGAUGCGUUCCUGUCGGGGAGAGCACCGAUGCCCCCCUUCUCGACAGGAAGGAGACACAGCUCUGCACGAGGCUGUGCGACACGGCCACUACAGAGCCAUGAAGAUGCUGCUACUCUACGGAGCCCAGCUGGGCGUGCGGAACCAGGCUUCAGCGACCCCCGUGCAGCUGGCCCGCGACUGGCAGCGGGCCAUCCGGGAGGCUCUGCAGGCCUACCAAGGGCAUCCCCGCAGCCGGUGCUGACGACAGCCGCCCGCCGCCGCCCAGCCACCAUCCCCGUUCUCCCCAUCACGUGUCUGCCGUGCUGACCUCAGGCCUCCAGGGCAGGCAGUCCUGUCAGCUCAGCCCGGCCGCAGGCAGAGGAGCAGCUGCCCGAGGGCCCGAGCCAGGACAGGCUGAAGCAGGACCCGGAGGCCCAGACGGGACAGUGGAGCUGGGAGCUCGGACGGCCACGAAGCCGAGGAAGCUCAGCCUCCAGCUCCCAGGGCUGCGCUCCGAGGAGACUGCUCGUGCCCCUCCCUCCCGCGGGCAUUUCCUGCCGGGUGGGAAUUUCGCAGCUGCCAGUGCCCGUGGGUGGGUCUCUCAGCGACUCCGCUCCUGUCAGCAGGUGUCUGGAGUGGCUCUGGUGUCUGGACGGGGCUGCUCAGCAGGUCUGAGGCCCCAUAGCAGAAGUCCAGUGCCAGCCUGGUUGCCACAGGAGCCCCAAGACUGAGGAGCUGGAGCCAGUACUGAGAGAACCUGCGCCCGCUGUCUAAAGGCUGCGGUCAGGCCUGCCCGCUGCUCUGCAGGGGUCAGCUGGUAGCUCUCCUGGUGACGGCGAAGCGCCUGGGUGCUGGGGUUGCUUGUGGCCCACUCAGCUUUUGGGGCGGUGGCCCGUAACCCUCCUUUGCCUCAGGUGCUAAUGCUGCCCUGGCACUGGAGCUCUUAUACGUACCCUGCAGCUGUCGCCUCUGCCACCUCCGCAGGGCACCGCGGGUUCUGAGCACCGCCGUGAAGGGACGCAGAGGAGCACGCCUGCCCUGCGCUGGCUGGCGCACGUUUAGGGCCCAACUCCACACACUCUCCAAAUGGACCCUCCCCUUCCACUGUCCCUGGCACUUCCAGUUGUGCUGGUGUGGACGUGCUCCUGGCAGGGCUGGGUCUUCAGUGCCAGGAAGUGAGCCUUGAGGAGCUCAGCCCUGACCCGAGAGCUGUAGGCCGAGGGGCAGCUCCAAGGUGAAGGGCCGGCCUCCCUCCCACAUGUGCGGCACCUGGGCAGACACUGUGCCAAGCAGUUACUUCUAAGCUGGUGGCCUUCUCAGGCCAAGACCAAGGCUCUUCUUAUUGUGUGAAAAAGCCGACUAGAGCCCACACCUUCCCUUCCCUUGGCGGCCCCUGCCCUGGGGGACAGAGCCAGCACUCACCAGAUGCUGGGGCCAUGGGAGGAGCAGGGACUCUAGUCCACGGAGAAGACGACUCCCCACCCAGAAAACGGGGACACUUAAGUGACAGACAACAGUACCUUUUUAUACGCGUCAAUAUGUUCAUUAAAAUAGGCUGGUCAUCCAUCCGGUCUAGUGUGUGCUGGGCUGGAAGCAGCGAGGCCAUCAGGCCCUGGGCCAGCCUGUUAACCACGCCACAGUGGACCGCGAGGUAGGCCCCAUGCACACUGGGCAGUCUGGGCCCUUGGCCAUCAUGCUCAAGGCAUCUCUACUCAUGGAUGGACAGGUUCAAAAAGCAGUGGUUCUCAGCCUUUGGCUGCUUAUUAGAAUCACAGGGAAAGCUUUAGAAGUCCUAAUAUCCAGACAACUCAAUCAGAGUCCCUGGGUGGGACCCAGAUGUUAGCAUUGUCAUGCAGACCACACACUGGUCCAUGCAGGAAAUCCUAAAGAACCCACAAAACCUCCUAGAAUAAGAGUUCGGCAAGAUCUCGGGAUGUAAGGUAAACAUACAAAACCCUAUUUCCACAUAUUAACAAGGACCAUGUGAUCACCACAAUGAAAACCUAAGUACUGCCCUGGCCGGUGGCUCGGCUGGUUGGAGUGUCCUAUACACCCAAAGGUUACAGUUCGAUUCCCGGUCUGGGCACCUACCUAGGUUGCAGUUUUCAUUCCUAGUCGGGACACAUACAGGAGGCAACCAAUCAAUAUUUCUCUCUUUCCCUCUCUUUCAAAUCAAUAAGUAUGUCCUCAGGUGAAUAUUAAAAAAUAAAAUCAAUAAACCAUACCCUUGGUGAGGAUAAAAGAAAGUACCAUUUACAAUUGCUUCUAAAAAUAAAGUACUUAAUUGUAAAUAUAACAAAAUACAUAAGGACUUAUAUGCCAAAAGCUACAAAACACUAAUGAAUGAAACCAACCAAGAGUUAAAUGGAGACUUACGGUGUUCAUGGACUACGAGAUGGAACACAGCAAUGAUUUCAAUUCUCCCCGAAUUGAUAUACAGAUUUAAUGCAGUUCCUGCCAAAACCCCAGGAAGAUAUUUUAUAAAGGUAGAUAAGAUUAUUUUUAAACUUAUAGCUAAAUCAAUUUUGAGAAAGAAUAAAGUGGAAGGAGUCUACCAGAUUUCAGAACUCAUUACAGGCAUACGUCGGAGAUAGCAAAGGUUUGGUUCCACACUGCAGUAAAGUGAACUGUAACCUUGAUGGUGGAAGGUCUGGCCUUCCAUUUGUCGGCCAUGCAGCACCUGUGGCGAGCAAUAAGAUGAAGCGCAAUAAAACGAGGUGUGUCUGUGUGCAGUCUCCGGAAUCAGUGUGGUACUGAUAGACACACAGAUCAACAGUACAGAAUACACAAUCCAGAAAUAGGCACAAUAUGCCCAAGUGACUUUCUACAAUGAUGCAAGGUUUAACCAGUUAACUGCCACGGUAUUUUGAAUUUAAUUUAAAAAGGUCCGCUGCUUGAGUCGAUAGACACUUAUGGUGCACGAAUGGUUAAUUCAUGAAGGAGAGACAAAGGUGCUGGAGCAACUGGACAUCUAUAGGCUAAAAAAAGUUACCAGGCAGACAACUAACAAAAAAGGAUUCCUGGUCAACGUCCACACACACACCUGAGAUCCGCACACGAGACACUGAGGGUGGGUGUCCCACAGCGAGGGGAGGCAGGAUGGGGAGGACGGGGAGGGGCCACAGAUGCAGUCGGCACCCACCAUGGCCCCAGCUGAUUCAAGAACGGGAAGGAGUCGGGCUGCUCCCCUCACGAAACGGCAGAGGGCAGAGGCCACGCUGCCACCUGAGUGGGUGACAGAGCGGAGGUGAGGUACGGCCAUGUGGCAGCCGCACUCAAACCUGCCCGCCCCCACCUGCUGCAGCCCAGCUCACCCGGGAGUGGAGGAGCCAGGGGCAGCCCAAAGGGUGGAAUGGGCACAAGUGACAUUCCCGCCUGAGCAGCAGGCUCCCACUACAGCUAACCUGGGCUGCGACCUGGCACAGCAGUGUCGCAGCUGCAGCAGACCGGUGGUCACCAUUACUAGCAAGAAGGCAAAACUUCAGACUUGUGAACCCGCCUCCCCCCACCCUUACCACCCAUCAUGGUGGAACCUGGUGUGGAGACACCUCAGAUGGCAGCCUCUGGUUACAAAGAGGCAGCACUGGGGACUCACAGGCCUGGAGCCCAAUAGCCCAUCACAGGAUGGUACCGAGACUGAGGAAACCCAGACACGGAGGGGACACCAAACUCCUUGGCAGGCAACACUGCCCCGAGGUCCCAGGAGCCAGUAGAGCGGUAAGAGACCGAAAACUUGCAAUAUAGCGCCAUCUAGUGGAAAACAAGAGAAAGACCUAUACUUACCGCCCUGCAGAAUUGUGAGCAAAACAGUACCUAGGAGUUCACCGACUGGCGUGCCCAGGCAGAGAACAACCAACCCAUCAAGCACCAUGAAUAACCACAGCGACAAGGUAGCUCAGAAAGAAAAGUCUCUAGAAACAAACUCCAAGACAACUGAAGACUAUAAUUUAAAUGACAGAAUUCGAUUGCAAUUAUGAAAAAAACUCAGGCAGUUCAAUGAGCCAAGGAACAAAAUCUACAAAUGAAAGAACUUUAUCAGAGAGACGGAAACUAUAAAAAGAAACAAAACAGAAAUUCUGGAGCUGAAGAAUGAAUCAGAAAGAUGGGAAAGAGCAGACCACAUGGAAGACAGAAUUGGGGAGCUCAACGAUAGAAAUCUAGAAAUGGCUCCGGUGGCAGAGAACUGAGUGUGAAACAAUGAAAGAACCUCCUGCCUCCAUUAGAGAGCGACAAGGGCACUGGGAAUACCAGAGGAGAGACGAGCAGAGGGAACAGGCUGAUUCAACCAAAUAACUGAGGAGAACUCACCAAACCUAUCAAAGGGCUGGACCCUCAAAUUCAAGAAGCGAACAGAGCUCAUGUUGUCUUUAAUGUGAAUAUUCUGCCCUGCUGCCUUUCUAUCCUGUUACAAACCCACUGCACUGGCUCUCCCUCCUGGGAGCACACCGUGCCUCUCCCUGCCACCUUCCCACCCCCCACCCCCCACCCCGCUCCUUACCAUUAGUUCCUCACUCCCAAGCUCCACCGGCCCUGCCUUUACCUCUAUAAUUGUUUCUUAAGCCCAUUUCUUCUAGGAAUUACUUUUUCUACCUCUGCACGUUACCCAGUAAAUGUACUCUUACAAAAAAAACCCCCAACUUAGUUGAGAUAUAAUUUGCAUGCGGUUACAAUGCACCAUUUUCAGAAUACAUGAGUUUUGACAAAUGUAUAUUCCCAUGUAAUUACAACCACAAAACAAAAACAACAAAAAAAACAGAACAUCUUCCAAACUGCGCUCCCACACCCCUUUGCAGUCACCCACCAGCCCUCAGGCCCCAGCGGGGGGCUUGUUUCCUGUCACUCUAGGUUACUCUUUUUUAAAAAAAAACUGUAUUUGUAUUGAAUUCAGGUGAGGGAGAGCGGAGGGGGAGGGAGAGGAACAUUAAUGGUGAGAGAGAAUCAUUGAUCAGCUGCCUCCUGCAAGCCCCCUACUGGGCAUCGAGCCUGCAACUCAGGCAUGUGCCCUGACCAGGAAUCGAACCGUGACCUCCUAGGUCACCAACCACUGAGCUACGCCGGCCAGGCACUAUAGGCUACUUUUGCCUCUUCUGGAAUUUCAUAUAAAUGGAAUCAUACAGGAGGGAAAAAAAGAAGCUAACAGAACGCCUAAUUGUGUCAAUGCAAAAACACCUUCAGGACACCUUAUUAAAACUGUCAGAAGUUAAUGACAAAAAAAAAAAAAUUCCAGGGGGGAAAAAGAUUGUAACCUACAAA